UCUGUCUCUCCGAGAAGGAAAGUCGUGUGGUGCGGCGGUCGUGUCAGAUCGGUUCUGAUCCAACCGGUUAAUAAAGGGAAAAAAUGGCGGAUACUUUAGCACUUUUCACUUCCAUAGGUCUCAGUGAGCAGAAAGCGAAAGAAAUGAAAAAUGAAGCGCUGAGUUCCGCUCUGAAGGAUGCAAUUAUUCAGGCCCAUCGUGUCCGUGGGGCAUCAGGAGUGGACAAAGCCAUGGGUACACUGCUGUACAGUAUGGCAUCUCGCCUUAAAGACCCUAAACGCGUGGGAUUUCUUUCAGACUGUAUAGUUCAGAGCAAAAUCUGCACAGAGCUGCAGCUAGCAGCUGCACUGGAAUUUGUUAAGAGUCACCCUCAGGACCCCAUCAACCAGAAGGAGUUUGAAGACACAUGUGGAGUAGGCGUGUUCAUAACACCUGAGCAGAUUGAAGAAGCAGUUGAGUCUGUGAUCAAGAAGUACAAGGAAAAGCUGUUAGUGGAGAGGUUCCACUUCAACAUGGGACUGCUAAUGGGAGAGGCACGUUCUGCCCUAAAAUGGGCUGAUGGAAAGGUCAUCAAAAAUGAAGUUGACUUGCAGGUCCUACACCUCUUAGGACCCAAGACUGAGGCUGACCUGGAGAAGAAAGCUAAGGUAACUGAGGUGAAGACUGGGGAGGUGAGAGUCACUUACUGGAGCAGCUCCGAGGGGAAGAGGUCACUGAAGUUCCAUAAAACAGGAGAGAACUAUAAACUGAGGCUAUGUGGUCACACGAAAACAAUGGAUUGGCUUAACACGCACUUGGAGAUCACUGGUGGACAGGUACAAACUUUAUAUGUGUUGCUGUGUGGAGAUAAACACCCAUACUUUAAAAUGGUGUAUAUUGAUUUUUCUCCUUUCCUUUUACAAAUUCCUUUAGAUACGUACCCUCGUUUCCCUCCUGAGCCAAAUGGUAUCCUUCACAUUGGGCACGCCAAAGCCAUCAAUUUUAAUUUCGGCUAUGCAAAGGCAAACAAUGGAAUUUGUUUCUUGAGAUAUGACGACACAAAUCCAGAAAAGGAGGAAGAAAAAUACUUCACUGCUAUCAGAGACAUGGUGGAGUGGCUUGGAUAUGAACCUCAUGCGGUCACACAUGCAUCCGACAACUUUCAGGAACUCUACGACCUCGCUGUGGAUCUCAUUCGCAGAGGUCAUGCCUACAUUUGCCACCAGAAAGGGGAGGAACUGAAGGGCCAUAACGCUCCUGCAUCACCCUGGAGAGACCGACCCACAGAGGAGUCACUGGUGUUGUUUGAGAGGAUGAAGAAGGGGCUGUUUGCUGAGGGAGAGGCUACGCUCAGGAUGAAGAUCGUCAUGGAGGACGGGAAGAUGGAUCCCGUGGCGUACCGAAUCAAAUACACGGCGCAUCAUCGCACAGGAGACAAGUGGUGCAUCUACCCCACUUACGAUUACACCCACUGUCUAUGUGACUCUAUUGAAAAUAUCACACACUCACUCUGUACCAAAGAGUUCCAGGCCAGGCGUUCAUCAUAUUUCUGGCUGUGUAACGCUUUGGAUGUGUACUGCCCUGUCCAGUGGGAAUAUGGACGCCUAAACCUCACAUACACUGUUGUGUCAAAGAGAAAAAUCAUCAAACUGGUAGAGACUGGCGUUGUCAGUAACUGGGACGACCCUAGACUCUUCACUCUGACUGCGCUCAGGAGAAGAGGUUUCCCACCAGAGGCGAUUAACAACUUCUGUGCCCGGGUUGGAGUCACAGUUGCUCAGACUACGACAGAGCCCCACCUCCUGGAGUCGUGCGUGAGGGACGUGCUGAAUGAACAGGCACCCAGAGUCAUGGCUGUGCUGGAGCCACUCAAAGUCACCAUUACUAACCUCGCUGAGAACGCAAAGUCAGACGUACGAGUGCCAGACUUUCCUGCCAACGAGGCCAGGGGCAGCCACACAGUGCCUUUUACACGCACGAUCUUCAUUGAACAGAGUGACUUCAGAGAGGUGAUGGAGAAGGGCUACAAGCGUUUGACCCCAGACCAGCCUGUAGGUCUGAGGCAUGCUGGGUAUGUCAUCUCUGUCCAGAAAAUCAUCAAGGACGCUCAGGGUAAAGUGGUUGAACUGGAGGUGAACUGCUGCAGUUCUGACACUGCAGAGAAACCAAAGGCCUUCAUCCACUGGGUCAGCCAGCCAUUAGUGUGUGAAGUGCGCCUCUACGAAAGACUAUUCCUGCACAAAUAUCCAGAGGAUCCGUCUGAAGUGCCCAAUGGCUUCCUGACUGAUAUCAAUCCUCUUUCCCUGCAUACUAUCAGCAGUGCCUUAGUAGAUACUUCAGUGAAGGGAGCAAAGGUUUUGGACAAAUUCCAGUUUGAGAGAGUUGGCUACUUCUCCCUGGACCCCGACAGCACAGCAGAUAAGCUCGUCUUCAAUAGAACAGUCACCCUCAAAGAAGACCCUGGGAAAAUCUGAUUGACUGAGAACAAGCCACACUUCCUGCUUCCCAUGAGCCCACAGAUACAUGUCCACAUUGUUUGCAUCAUUUAAUGUGUAACAACAGCAAGGGGACAAACAGCUUAGGCUGAGAUUGACUCAAAUCAGAUAUUGUAUGCCGAUAUCCCUAAACUGAAGUUUUGUUUGUUUUUCUAAAAACAAAAAUUCUAUUUCUUGAUUGUCAGCUGUGAAAACAACUUUCUGCAGUGUCACUCAGUCAAUGUCAGAAUCCAUUUGAACUCUUUCUACAAUAGCUGCAAUAAUAUUUACUUACAGUGUUUGUUCUUUGAUGAAUGUAUGCAUCUUUGAUCAUUGUUCAAAAAAGACCUGAUGUUUUUUAGGUUAAUAUUGCCUCUAAGCUGGUGUUACACAGAAGAGAUGCUCACAAUAGCAUACAUGACUUCUUUGCAAAGAUGGUAUAACACUGCCAAACCAUCAUGUUUUUUUUAAGACUCAGGGGGUAACAUGUGUCCUUUUGACAGGAGAAAAUAAUAAAUAAUACCAAAAGAA